AUGGAAAGGGAAAUAGAUCCACGAAUCUCAGGCUUGAAAAGGCAACAAAUACUAGAUCUUCUGCGCCGUUUAGAUUCUGAAAUUUAUAUUCAUUCAAAAAUUACGAAGGCCGAGUUGCAACAGCUGGCAACCAAACGAUUGGCCAAUGUCCCCUUGGAACCCCAGACUCCUGCCCGAAGGCUACGAAGCCGUUCUCGGGAUACCACUGGAACUCCGCCUAACCCUUGGCCACGCGACGUGCCUAGAACCUUGUCGCCAUCACCAAACCAAGAAGGGCGUGCGCCUCGCAGAGUGAUCAGUAGAGCUACACGUACGUCUCUGCCAAACCAACAGGCUCCGGCUGUCCCAGUUCCCCGGGAGGACCUCUCCAGAUCUACGGGAUUCGCUAGGCCAAACCCCCAUGUUCCAGCUGCUCCAGCUGACCUGCCGGGUCUUGAUCCCGACCCUGGGGCAAGCCGCAUGAACGUGACGGUGACGGAGACCAUGUCUCAUACGCCUGACCAUCCCGACGUGCAAGAUAUUCACGACCUUCUGCUUGCUCAUUCGGGUCACGAUCAGCUCCCUCGUCCCCUCCUUCCUUCCCAGCCUGUUAGAGCCGCCGAUGCUCCGUCAUUACUGGACGCCGAGGAUUUUCCGACAGCAGCAUUCCAACCGCCAACCGAGGACAUGGAUCUGAUUUCUUUUGAAGCAGACUCGGAGGCUUCGGAAACCGGCACCACAACCAGCCCUCUUCUGUCAGCCCCCCAUGUCACGGAAAUCUCGAGUCUUACCAGCGUUGAGUUGCCGAUUCGCAAUUCUCAACUCGAGGAUGAGUCAAACCCGGGAGAUACUUCUCAACCGAUGGACUUGGACUCUCCUCCAAGCACCAGUUCCUUUGGAGCCAGUCCAGCAUCCUCACGGCCCCGGGCUUCAGCAUUUUUCUUGGACAGCCUACUGAACGAUACACCGGCCACUCAGCAGCUCUCACUUGACCAACUGGCGGAGAUGCGCGCCGAGUCGAAUCCUGCAGGAGACGAAGACUUUUCAUUUGUGGAGGAGGUACUUGUGAGACUUGCCACAAGUCCUUCUCGAGUACAACCCAGUGGUACUCUUCCACUCACCCUAACCGAGAUCAACAGUCGUACCCUUCCCCUCACCCUAACCGAGAUCGGAAAUCUAGGAUCUCCUGGCACAAAGGCAAGCCAACAAGAGUUGCCCACCCAGCCUCAACCUUGUCUAGUUUUUGGAUUACAUUUGUCAACCCAGCCAGCAUCGCCCGACUUGGCGCCGGAGGCCGCCCCUUCCGCUCCCGGCCCUGAGGCUAGCCAGCAACUGCCGGCAUCGCCCGACUCUCCUCCGGAGGCCGCCCCUUCCGCUCCCGGCCCUGAGGCCAGCCAGCAACCGCCAGCAUCGCCCGACUUGGCGCCGGAGGCCGCCCCUUCCACUCCCGGCCCUGAGGCCAGCCAGCAACCGCCAACAUCGCCCGACUUGGCGCCGGAGGCCGCCCCUUCCGCUCCUGGCCCUGAGGCUAGCCAGCAACUGCCGGCAUCGCCCGACUCUCCUCCGGAGGCCGCCCCUUCCGCUCCCGGCCCUGAGGCCAGCCAGCAACCGCCAACAUCGCCCGACUUGGCGCCGGAGGCCGCCCCUUCCGCUCACGGCCCUGAGGCCAGCCAGCAACCAACGGCAUCGCCCGACUCGGCGCCGGAGCACGUCUUAUAA